GGAGGGAGGGGGCAGCCGAGCGGAGGGGGAGGCUGGCAGAAAUGCUAAUUCCUCCCUUUCGCUGUCGCCUCGGCAGCCCAGUGCCCGUGCGGCCCCGCUCCGGCUCACAGCUCAGCCCGGAGAGGUGCGGGGGGACGGGUGGGGUCCCCCCGCCCCUCACCGUCGUGUCCGGGCUGGCGGAGGCUCCUCCGUGCCACAGGGACGGGGGUCGGGAGGAGGAUGCGGAGGGCCGGUAACGGCGAGGAAAAGGGCUGCGUGUUGCUUAACGGCACUUAGGAGCGGGGGGAGAUGGCCCCGCUGCUGGCCCUGUGGCUAGUGGCCCUGCUCGGCUUGGCCCGGGCGUGCCCCGAGCCCUGCGCUUGCGUGGACAAGUACGCACACCAGUUCGCCGACUGCGCCUACAAGGAUCUCCAAGUGGUGCCCACGGGUUUGCCUUCCAACGUGACCACCCUCAGCCUCUCGGCCAACAAGAUCACCUCACUGCAGCGGCGUUCCUUCGUGGAAGUGACCCAGGUCACUUCCCUCUGGUUGGCACACAACGAGAUCCGCUCCAUCGAGCCUGGUGCCUUCGCCAUCCUGGUGCAGCUCAAAAACCUCGACAUCAGCCACAACCAGAUCGUGGACUUCCCCUGGCAGGACCUCUACAACCUCAGCGCUCUCCAGCUGCUCAAGAUGAACAAUAACCACAUGGCUGUGGUACCUCAGGGGGCUUUCCACACCCUGAAGGACCUCCGGUCCCUCCGCAUCAACAACAACAAGUUCACCACCCUUGCUGAGGGGAUCUUUGACUCGCUCAGUUCCCUCUCCCACCUGCAGAUCUACAACAACCCCUUUGAGUGCUCCUGCAAGCUCCAGUGGUUGAAGAAGUGGAUGGACAGCACACUCAUCUCCAUCCCUGAGAAGGACUCCAUCACUUGUGCCCUCCCGGAGCAGCUCCAAGGAGUGCCGGUGGGGAAGAUCCCGGAUGUGCAGUGCGCCUCGCCCACGGUGCAGCUCACCUAUUACCCCAACCUGGACACCACUGAGCUCUUUGACGGCUUCACCCUGACACUGCACUGUGCCGUGACGGGCACCCCACUGCCCGAAGUGAGCUGGAAGAUCCGCACCUCCAGCCAAACCCUGGAGCUCAGUGGGAACCCAAAUGAGACCGCUGGGAAGGACCAGUCCAAACGGGACCCUGAGCGCUUCUUGGUCUUCAAGAAUGGCACGUUGGUGAUUCCCCACCUGAGCAAGAGGGAAGAAGGCACCUACACCUGCCUGGCCUCCAAUGAAAUGGGGAGCAACCAGACCUCAGUCAACGUGGCUGUGGCGGGCACCCAGAAAUACCCACUGCAGCCCGGGAGGGACCCACUGGGGGGUAAAGCACAGCCAGGUGACAAGAAGCCUGGGGCCAAGGGAGCGAAGAAUAGCGUGCUCACACCAGAUGAGAGGAGCAAACCCCUUGGCCCCACCCGCCAGAGCCAACCAUCCUUGGCAGCUGGGACAGAGUCCACGGGAGAUGGGCAAAUCCCUUUCCAGCUGCCACCCUUUGAGAAGAAGUGUGGCUCCACACAAACCAGCAAGUACAUCUCCAAUCACGCCUUCAACCAGAGCGGCGACUUCAAGCAGCACACGUUUGACCUGGGGGUGAUCGCUCUGGAUGUGUCAGAGCGCGAUGCCCGGGUGCAGCUCACACCCACCUACACGCAGCCCGAGAAGGUCCACCUCAGGAUGCUCUACCUGUGCCAGGAGAGCAGCAAGGGCCAUGCCUUGGUCCAGUGGUCCAAGAUUGAAGAAGGGGUGAACUCGUACUGGUUCCAGGGCUUGAACCCCGGCACCAACUAUUCCGUGUGCCUCACCUACCUCGGGGAGGACUGCCAGGUCCAAGUGGUCUUCACCACCAAAAAAGAGAUCCCCUCGCUCAUCAUCAUCGUGGUGGUGAGCAUCUUCUUGCUGGUGCUGGCCACCUUACCCCUGAUGGGGGCCACGUGGUGCCACCUCCUCUCCAAAUACCAAGGGAAGACCUACAAGCUCAUCAUGAAGGCCCAGAACCCAGACCAGAUGGAGAAGCACAUGGCUGCUGACUUUGACCCCCGUGUCUCCUACCUGGAGUCUGAGAAGAACUACAAUCCCAGCGAGGCAGGGGAGGCAGAGGUGGAGGAAGAAGAGGAGGAGGAGGAGGAUGAAGAAGGAGGCAGGUGGAGGAGGAGGAGAGAAGCCGAAGGGGCUCCGGAGCUGGAGCGAGAGGAGAGCGUGGCAGCCAGCUCCAUGGCGGAGUCACAAUCCAAAGCCAACGGCGAGGAGUUUGAGGUGCGCUCUGAGUACAGCGACAAGCUGCCGCUGGGUGCCGAGGCUGUCACCAUCUCCCAGGAGAUCAACGGCAACUACCGGCAGCGGCCCCGCUGAGCCUCCCCACACCCCGUCCACCCCCACCUCGGCCCCACCUCCUCCCCGGUCCCCAACCCCCGUUCCUCCCGGGGCAUCUCUGCUGCUUUUCCUCCGAGGAAAGACGGGAGUAUCCUCAGCGAUUUCCGCCUGACCCUCCUCCUCCUCCUCAGACGGCAGGACCCCGGGGAUGCUCAGUGCCGGCGGGACGCGUUUCCUACGAUUUCGUUUCCAUUUUGGGUACCGGCAGUCCUUGCUCCCGGCUUAGCGACAACAACGAUUCCCGGUCCCCUGGCCGCCUCUGCCCUCCGCUCGCCCCAUAUUUUCUUUCCCCUUAAAGGAAAAAAACGAAAAAAAAAAAAGAUAAAAAACGGGUCAAAGAAAAAAGCCCGAUUUCCCCAAACCUUUUUUCCUGGAAUUGGUUCAGUCCCCGGUGGGUCCCCUCCGCUCUUCGGUCCGGUCCCGCCGCUCCCUCGGUCCCCGGUGAGUCCCCUCUGCUCCCCGGUCCGGUCCUGCCGCUCCCCGCUCUGGCCCCGCCGAACCCCCGCGCGAACCCCGCCGGAGCCCGGAGCCGUCCGCACCGUUCCUCGGCGUUAUCCUCCCCGCACCGCUUCCCGGUGGAUGCCCGCCGCGCCUCGGUCCGGUCCCCGCCGCUCUCCGGUGGGUGCCCGUCGCGCUGCGGCGCAUCCCUAUUUUCCCCGGUGGACACCGGUGGGUGCCGAGAUUUCCCGGUCUCUGCCGCUUCCCGGCGGUGCUCUCUGCUCGCCGGUGCGUCCCGGGGCUCCCCGGUUCCUGCCGCUCCUGGGAGGUGCUUUCCGUUCCCCAGUGGACACUGGAGGUCCCCGCUCCCUGCCACUCCCGGGGGUCCUCUCCGUCCCCCGACGGGUGCCGGUGCUCCCCGUGCUCUCCCCGUUCAGCACUCGGAGAGACCGGACAGCUCCGCGCCCCCCGCCCGCACCCCGAGGUGGCGGGGGCGUCCCGAUCCCCCCUCCCCGGUCCCAGCCCCGGUCCCGGCAGGGCCCCUCGAUGUGUUUUGGGUAGAGUAGCCUUGUAGCCAAGUGUCUGUGCCGUAGACGCGCCCGCGCUGCUGGCGGGCGGGCGGGCGGGCGGGGGCCCGGUCCCGGGAGGCGACGGGUCGCCGCCGCCGCCGCCGCCCCCAGCCCCACUCCCCGCGAGCCCCGGCGCCGGGGAGAGCCGCGGGCGCCCUUCUACGAGCUUCUGUCUGUGAAAGAGUCAAUAAAAGGGAUUGAAAGUGGA